UAUGCCAAAUUUCCCUGUCAACUUCAAUCUGUCAGUUAUAGUUCUUCAGCAAAUUUUUGUUCUUGUUACGUAAAGAAUCGAUCUUUUACUUCUAAUAAAACCAAUUUGUAAAAAUGUUUUUCGACCGAUUUUUUCCAAAAUUACUCUCUGUGAAAGCUCAGGAAGAAGAGGAGGAGGAAGAAUUACAAGACCCCCAGCAAAUUCUUAGGGACAAAUGCAAAGAAACAGAACAUUGUAAAAAUUUAGCUGAGAAGUAUCAAGCUUGCAAUGACAGAGUUAAUUCUCGAAAACGCACCACUGAAAUAUGCAUGGAGGAACUUUUUGAUUGGUUACAUGCUGUGGAUCACUGUGUUACUAAAGAUCUCUUCAGCAAGUUGAAGUAAUUGUAAGAAUUUUUAGAACACCGUAGAAUUUGUUAUACACAAUAAACUUUGUUGGGAUGCCAAUAAGUUUUUAGAAUAAAUAAGUUUUCAUUCGA